UAGUCUAUGAUAUGAAAUCACAACUUUGUGUGCGCUGUUCUUUAUUUGCUACUGUUGCAUAUUCAUAUUUUUACUUCUAUUCUUUCUUCAGUCUUUGGCUGUGAAGAGAAAGAUCAAGUCUCAGUUCUGCACAAUCCAGUAAGUGUUGAUUUUCAGUGCCUGUGAAGAUCCUAAAAUAUGCACUGAGGUCAAUGGAAAGUGUCAUCAGCCUGGUGAUGAAAACAAUGCAGCUUCAUGGAGGAAUAAGCAGACUUUACACGCUUGAUGGCCAUCUCAUUGAAGAUCCAAAAGAACUUAAGAGCAAAAAACAUUAUGUUGCUGUGGGCAGGGGAAAAUUUAAACCUGCACCAUAUGGCCAGAAAGACCAACCACCCUGCAAGAACAGCAAGAAAGAACGUAAAGACAGUUCACCUGCUGUUCCAACAACAACUCAAAGACAGGAAGUGAUCAAACCUGUUCUCAGCAAAUUUAUGAUGACUGUCCCCAAGAAAAGAAAAAUGUUUUUCUCAAUAAAUGUGUAUGCUAAUGGGGAAGACCUGGUUCCUCCAGUGCACGUCAAGAUCCCAGCAUAUAAAAUGGAGCUGUUAGAAGAUGUGAUCACCGUGGUGUCGGAGAAAAUGCACCUUCGAGUCGGUGUGAACGGACUUUACACGGUUGAUGGCCAUCCCAUCAAAGAUCCAAAGGAACUGAAGAACGGUGGACAUUAUGUUGCUGUGUGCAGUGGAAAAUUUAAACCUGCACAAUACGGCCGGGAUGCGCCGGCAUCCUGUAAGAGCAGCAAGAAAGAAUGUAAAGCUCUCUCACCUGUUGCUGGAACAGUGCAUCAUGAACAGACCGUGCAUGCUGAUGCAGAAACUGUUAAGACCACAGAUGGGGCAGAGCUGAAGAACAUGGACGUCCAAGAGGAACCCAAACCAAAAACAAUGGAGCUCACAAUCCCAUUUCUCUCAGAUGUGAGGUUGAACGUCUCAAAGGAGGAGAACCUCAGCUUACAGACUCCGCAGCGUCCCAUCAAGCUGUGCCAGUGCUUAGUUGAGUUUUUAGGAAAUCCUGAGUUUAAGCCGAUCACUGGGGAGAAAACCAUUGACGAGGAUUUUGUCAUUGAUCUAAUAGUGGUGCUCUUAUGUAGUAAGGAUCCCAUGGAGAGAAAGAUCACCAAAUGGGUGUUGAAGAAGAUCUUUGAAAUUUAGUACAAAUGAGACACCUAAUCUUCAGAUGUAUCACUUAUCUCAUCAGGGAUAAAAUUCGAAAGCGGCCAGGUGCAGCUAACGUCCUGGAACUGCUUGGAAGAUUUUCUACUGUAUUAUGCAGUUUUUGAAGAAGGACAAGACUGUCACAACAGUGGUUGUGGACCAGCUGCUGAAGUACUGGCCAGAUGACAGCAGUGAAAAGGAAGUGAUGUUCCUGGACAAGCUGGAUGAGA